AUGGGCUCGACAAUGGAGCACGCUUUCACCGUUUACCGCGGCACAUUCAUUGAAUCUGCUUUGCCAGAGCCAGGCUCCAAGCCUAAGCUUUCUCGCAACAAAGGCGCAUUAUGGGUCUCUGCUGCUGAUGGCCGGAUCAAAGGCUGGGACUGGGACGCUCACGAUGAGAACGGGUUCGCCGAACUAAUGAAUCGGAAUGAGUGGUUUGAUAUCGACGCCGGUGAUGCCCAAGGCCAGGCCAAUGGCUAUGCUUCCCGAACCGGUGUGAAGGUCGUCACAGCGAAUGAGGAAUUGAACGAGUUUUUCUUCCCAGGAUUCAUCGACACCCACAUCCACGCUCCCCAAUACCCAAACGCAGGCCUCUUCGGCUCCUCAACUCUCCUAGACUGGCUAGACACCUACACCUUCCCCGUAGAAUCCGGUUUCGGCACCCUCCCAGACCGCAAAACCGGCCACCAAACGACAACAGAUCCCCAAGACACACCCCUUCACGCCCAACAAAUUUACUCCCAAGUAAUCGCCCGCACCCUCUCCCACGGCACAACCUGCGCCUCCUACUUCGCAACAAUCCACAUCCCAGCCACAAACGCCCUCGCCUCCCUCUGCCACACACGCGGCCAACGCGCCUUCAUCGGCCGCGUCUGCAUGGACAACCCCUCCUUCUGUCCAGACUACUACCGCGACCAUUCCGCCAGCGACUCCACAACCGCAACCCGCCACACAAUCGAAUACAUUCACGCCCUGGACCCGGAAGGCAAACUCGUCAAGCCGAUCGUCACGCCGCGCUUCGCACCCUCGUGCUCCAAGCCGGCAUUGCAAAGUCUAGCCGACCUAGCGGCGGCUUAUACGCCUCCGCUACAUAUCCAGACGCAUAUCUCGGAGAAUCCCAAUGAGGUCGAGCUCGUCAAAGAGGUGUUCCCCGAAGCGGACAGUUACACCGGUGUGUAUGAUAUGUAUGGACUGUUAACGCCGCGGACGAUCCUUGCGCAUGCGGUGCAUCUAUCUGCUCAGGAGAGGGCUCUUAUCCGGGCGCGCGACGCGAAGAUCUCGCAUUGUCCUGCGUCGAACUCGGCGCUUGGGUCUGGGGUUUGUCCUGUUAGGACGCUGCUUGAUGAGGGGAUUACCGUCGGGCUGGGGACGGAUGUUAGUGGUGGGUAUAGUCCUAGUAUUCUUGAAGCGGUGAGGCAGGCUUGUCUUGCUUCGCGAUUGUUGGGGCAUACGGCUGCUUGGAAGCGGGAGAAUGUGAAUGGGGAAGAAAAGGGUGGUGUUGGGCGAGAGAUGCUUUCUGUUGCUGAGAGUCUCUACCUUGCUACGCGGGGCGGAGCUGCGGUUGUUGAUAUGGCGCGGGAUGUGGGUGGGUUUGAGGUCGGGAUGUUGUGGGAUGUGCAGUUGAUUCAACUGGGUGGAGUUAAGGGGGAGGGGAGUCCCUUGGAUGGUGGUGCUGGUGAUGGGAGAGUGAGUCUUGUUAGGGCUGGUCCUAUUGGCAAUGUUGAUUUGUUUGGGACGGAGAGUUGGGAGGAGAAGAUUGAGAAGUGGGUUUGGAGUGGAGAUGAUCGGAAUGUGAAGGCUGUUUGGGUUGGUGGGAGGUUGGUGCAUACAAGGGGGUAA